CAUGAAUUCACAGUCGAUGCGCGAGAAUUCACGAGUGCAAUCCCUGAUUGCCUCUUCUUCCCCUGCGUUUCCGUUGCUUGACUCUCUUCCAUCGGCCCGUUUCUGUUUCAAGCGAGACUGGCAGUGCUAAGUGGGAAAAGCAGAUCAUGAAUGACGAUUCCAGAGUGGCUGUAGGGACUGUGACCCAUCCGAGUUCAACGGUUGCUGACCCCAAAAAUCCCGAGGAAUUGCAUUUUUUUGACGCAUCGGAGGAUCACGAUAGUGACGAAGAACUUCAGGACGCAAUUGCAACCUCAGGUGCUCUAGUAGGAGAGAACGUCUUGGACAGUCCUGAUUCUGCCUACAGGCGCGCCAUAGUUUCUCCCAUGUAUAGUUGUCCAUCCGCGCCCGAGCUGGACAAUCCCAACAGUUUCUCUGUUGGUAUCAUGGCGAAGGGGUUGGCCUGGGUCCAGACGCAACGCGAUCGACGAAGGCGUCGAUAUCUUCAAAAUCAGGCCGAACAGCAACUACGCAAACUUCACGAAGUACAGGAAGAAGAGAAAACGAACGUGCGCUCCCUCAUGGACAAUUCAACGUUCCGUAACUUGGCCAACCAGAAAUCAACCGAUACAGAAAUAGAGGAGAACGAUCCGUACAAGAACACUUCCAAAGUUGAUCAAGAAAAACGCAACGCCAUUAUAAGUCCUUCGGGAGACGGCUAUACCGGCGCACUGGAGCUUUCGCCAGAAAGGUUCGAAGAUGACAUGUUGUUUGUUCCCAAAGUUCGUGUCGAAGAAGAGCCCGACGAAAUAGAUUGUCCCUUUAUUUUGACACCGCACGAGAUGCAGCAACUCGCGGUUCGCGUCUUGCCCCGGGGGAUAGCGUACGCGCGCUGGACCAGAAUCUAUUCGCUCACCCGUGACGGGGAUUCCUUCGAUGCGUGCUUGCGCAAAAUUCAGCACCAUGCCCGUACCCUCAUGGUUCUGCGAACGUCCCGCAACGCUCUACUGGGGGGAUUUGCGGACGCCAAGUGGGAAGCUCCAUCAUUUGGAUCGGCGCGGUACUACGGUGGACCGGAAGCUUGUUUGUUUCACUGGUUGGGGAGUGCGUCCGCUAGCCAGUCCCAGAAGCCAAUAUUGCGGUGUUACAAAUGGACUGGCGUGAAUCGGUAUAUCCAAUUAUGUGAUGUCUCGCGACGGAUGCUGGCUUUUGGGGGUGGUGGUGUGGAAGGGGCCUUUGGCUUGUCGGUUGAGCAAGACUUUCAAUACGGAUCGACUGGUCCGUGUGCGACAUUCGAUAACGCCCCGCUCUGCGAAGAUGCGGAAAAUUUCGCCAUUAUUGACAUGGAAAUCUUUGGAUUUCUCACCGGCCAAUUCUGA